CUGCCAGACCGACCCCUGCCCAUUUCUCCUACGGAACUCUCAUGGCUUCACAGCUGCAGACAAGUUGCCGUGCAUCUUGGUGGACUAUCGGAGUUUGCAUCCUGGCGGCCGCGCUCCUACCAGGGCUGCAAGCUCAGAUUGUCUUGGUCAAUGACACAGUCUCGGGGUUUAUCGGGACAGAUGUGGUCCUGCACUGCAGCUUCACCAAUCCGCUCCCCAAUGUGAAGAUCACGCAGGUCACGUGGCAGAAAGCCACCAACGGCUCCAAGCAGAAUGUGGCCAUCUACAACCCUGCCAUGGGGGUCUCCAUCCUUUCUCCCUACAAAGAGCGGGUAACUUUCCGGAAUCCUUCCUUCAAAGAUGGCACCAUUCAGCUCUCUCGGCUAGAGCUGGAGGAUGAGGGAGUUUACAUCUGUGAGUUUGCUACCUUCCCAACCGGCAACCGGGAAAGUCAACUGAACCUCACUGUGCUGGCCAAGCCCACAAAUCGGAUGGAGGGCACCAAGCGGCCACUUAUUGCUAAGUCUGGCAGGACAGAAAAGAUCUUGGUAGCUACCUGCACCUCCUCUAAUGGGAAGCCCCCCAGCACUGUCACCUGGGACACCAAGCUCAAAGGGGAAGCAGAGUUUCAGGAGAUCCGGAAUAGCAAUGGCACCAUCACAGUGAUCAGCCGGUACCGGCUAGUGCCGAGCCGGGAGGCCCACCGGCAGCAGCUGAUGUGCGUGGUCAAUUACCAGCUGGACCGCUUCACCGACAGCAUGACCCUCAACGUGCAGUAUGAGCCAGAAGUAACUAUUGAGGGCUUUGAUGGCAACUGGUUUCUCAACCGGAAGGAUGUGAAGCUGAUAUGCAAAUCUGAUGCCAACCCCCCAGCUCACACCUAUGAAUGGAAGCUGCCAAAUGGGACUCUGCCAGGGAGCGUGGAAAUCCAGAACAACACCAUCUACUUUAAAGGGCCUGUUUCCUACAGCGUGGCUGGCACCUACAUCUGUGAGGCCUCCAACGCCAUCGGUACACGGUCGGGCUUGGUGGAAGUCAAUGUCACAGAAUUUCCCUACACCCCGUCUCCAAUCGAUGAUCGCAAAUCCAUGGUGCAGCCGAAUAUCCCCACACCGGUGAUUGGGGGCAUAGUGGGAGGAGUCUCGCUGGUCCUGGUGGUGGCUGUGGUGCUCUUUGUGGUACUCCGGCGCCGGCGUCACACCUUCAAGGGUGACUACAGCACAAAGAAGCACGUGUACGGCAAUGGCUACAGCAAGGCCGGCAUCCCACAGCAUCACCCCCCCAUGGCCCAAAACCUCCAGUACCCCGACGACUCGGAUGACGAGAAGAAGCCGGGCCCGCUGGGCGGCAGCACCUACGAAGAUGAGGAUGAGGAUGCGGGAGGCGAGCGCAAGCUGGGUGGCCCCAACAAAUACGAGGAGGAUGCUAAGCGGCCUUACUUCACGGUAGACGAGGGGGAGGCGCACCCCGAACCUUACGACGAAAGGACACUCGGCUUCCAGUACGACCCCGAGCAGCUCGACAUAGCGGAGAACAUGGUCUCACAGAAUGACGGAUCUUUUAUUUCCAAAAAGGAGUGGUACGUGUAGCUCGGCACCCCAUUGCUACACACACACACACACACACACACGAGUGAUGCCCUCCCACUCCCCCUGCUUCCCUGCCAAGCGGAGCCGAGCAGAGCCGAGCGUGCCGCGGCCGCUUGCACACACACUGCACGCACACUCACCCCCCGCACACACACGCACGCCCCGGCCAGCCCCAGGCGCUCAGCAGAGACUUUGGACGCUUCCAGCACUGGCAGGAAGGGCAGGCUGGGGCGAGCAGGGAGGGAGGGCAGCUUUGCUUACAGAUCAUUUUUGGGGCGUACGGGAGGUGGGAGGUUGGGUAAUUAUUUUCUCGGUUUUGGUUUUGCUUUUUGAUUUCUCUUGACGACUUUCGUCCCCUUCUGUGGUGUUUGUAUUGGUCGGUGGCUUAGGUGUUACUAUUUGCUUUAACGACUGUUGCCCAGCCUGUAUAUUACACUCUGUUUGUGUCUUCAUGUCUCAGAGUGCCCUUCGGCCCCACUUCCCUCCCUGAGGUUCCUCCUCCCACUUUGGCACCCCUGAAACACUGGAAUUUGUUUGUAUGUUGUCUUCUUUGUAUUUUUUUAACCUUGGGAGGGGGUCAAGUGGGCUGUCCAUAGAAGGACAGAGGCCAGGAAAGCUUAUGGCAAUGGAAACGUAGGUGCCAUUAUCAGGUGAACUGAUUUUUUUUUCCUAAUCACUUUCUUUUCAGUGGGGUCUGGGUAGCAUUCCCAUUGCCCACUGCACGCCUGGGGAGAUCCACUCCCAGUUUUUAAUGACUCGAUAAAAGGAAAAUGAGGAGAAGGGGGGAGAAAAAGCCCUAGAACAAACGCCAGGUGCAUGGGCUGAUAGCAGGGCAGGGAAACAGAGCUGCCAUUUUCCUCCUGCAAUUUGUUAUUUCCUGGCUUUUCAUUUUCUGUCUUUGAGUGCUAGAAAAGGAGUAUUUAUUGCUGACAUUUUUUCCCCUGUGAUGGCUCAGAGAAAUGCUGGCUCUUUUUGUUCUUGUUGCUGUUGUUGUUGCUAGUACCAGCCACAGAGCAGUUAACUCUGGCACAACGGUUGUGCACGGUGUGUCGUGCACAGGCCUUGCUGCCAUUGCCUGGGGAAGGGGACCAACCGAUACCACUUCACUUCUCCCACAAACUCACUGCCUUCAGCUCUGGUCUGCAGACCCUGGCAGGGCAGAUCUCCCAGGGUACCAUCCAGUGUCUUUGAGGGCUUCAGUACAGGAUCAGGCCCCUAAGUUUUAUUGUACCACGAAGACUUAAUUGUCAUGUG